AUGAUUAACAAAAAUAACGACCCUUCUUAUCAUCAGGAGGAGACUUUGUCCGAUCUCGAUGAAUUUGAUCAGUUAGAUGAACAACAAUUAUAUGAACAAUUUUUGUCACUCCUGGAAGUGUACGAAAAUUGUUUAAAUAAUAUCAAGAAAUUAUUGGACGUUAUUGGAAAACCGAACGAAGACUCUCUUCUCAUCCGAAAAGAUAUUAAACACGAGAAGGAAUUUGCUUUAUCUCUUUCCAAAGACUUACAUGAAUUGUUGUACGCACACAACUCUCACAUUUCGGAAUAUCACAACCUCGACGUAUUACGUUACAAGAAACGAAUGCAAGAAUUAAAUCAACUGUUCCAACGUCUGAAAGAGCUCGAAGCGAAGUAUCCCGAAGCAAAUUUACCAGAGACGUCCAAAACGAGCUACCUUGCGCCUGUUUAUAAAAAACUGUCCAAUUAUAUCUUUAGAAAAGAUGAAUUCGAACAAGAAUUGUUGAAUCAGCAUGGUAUGAAUGAUGAAGAAAACAUAACCUCAGACAAAUUAGAUGAACUGAAAAACGAUUUAAAUGAAAUAGUUUCUGUAUUUGAAACAUUGGAAGAUUCAACGAAGAAAUCAACUUUUGCAUCCCAAUCUUCUUCCACCCCAUCUGUAAAUAACACCUCCUCAAAUUCAAUAAUCCCUAAUAGUAAUGCAAAUAACGAUCCUUCAAAUCAUACCACCACCAACAUCACGACAGAAACUGUGACCAAUCAUACAGGUAAUGAUUCGUCAAACCAAACACCACAAAAUGGAUCUUCGUUUCCAAGCGAAAAACAACAAUUUUAUUAUGGAACUGCUGCCAUGAUAAGCUUGGGCUUGUUAGCAGGAGGCAUUAUUGGAGGGCCUAUUGGUAUGUAUGUUGGAGCAAAGCUUGGCGCUGGCGCUGUGACAACAACGGCAGCUGUGGGAAGUGGAAUUGGAAUGUUAGGAGGAAGUUUAUUGUUCAUGGGAAAAGGAUACUUGUUCAAACAAGAAAAGCCAGGACUCACACAGACAUCUGCAAGCAGCUCAUCGCCAAAAACCAAAGACAACAAUGAGACAGAAGAUAAGGAAAAAGAAUCAAAGAAAGAUAAAUAA